AUGAUGUCGAAGAAAACUAAAACCCAUCGGCCAACAUCGCUCAUAGUUGCACCGAUUCCGCCCAAAUUAACAUAUUAUGAUAGUAGACAGAGAGUUAAGAAGAAUGAAGACAACGCCACUCUGCGUCUCUUUAUGCCCAUCCAACCUUUUGAUGAUAGAUUUGAGGAAGCAAGAGAAGUCACUUGCCACAUGGACAUUGAAAAAGAGGUCCAAGUGCACAUCAAUGCAAAUCACGAAGCCUUUGAGAGCCCCUAUGCUUGGAGGCGCCAUUUUAAGGGCUUUGAUGCAAAGCGGGCACAGGAGAUCAGGUACGAAAUGAGCAUUGAGGAAAUAAUAGCCAGGCGGAGUCUGAACGUAGCAGAUUUUUCAACAAUGGAGUCACCUUACGUCCCAAGAAUUAUAUUAGUACUUGUUAAUGCUAUAGAAACUCAUUGUUUUCGUGCCAACUUUUGGGCUUGGAUGUUGUGCGAAUGGUCGGAUUUCCAUAAAGAGGCAGUCGAUCUACUUGGUCAUUUGCUCUUUGUUCACAGGCAUGAGUUGUUUCUUCAAAACGUCUUGGAGAGAUUGAGUCCAGCUCUACUAAUUAGAACCCUUCGCGUAUUCUUGAGUGCCUUUUCGCCUAAAUUUCUCCAUUUUUUCAAACGCGAUAUACAGGAGAUAAUUAAACGUCCCUUGUAUGACCAAUUUAUCCGACCCAACCCUAACAUUCGUCUUAUCGUUCAACAUGCCCUACUGCCAUAUAGCCGAACCAUAAUCGACACGGCCGCCUUUCUGAUGCUCCAUAUUCAGCACUUUCUUCUGAUGUAUCCAACUUCAGGCACUGAACGAUCUCUACUGACAAAGAUUUAUGGGCCCCUGUUAAUAGGUUUCUCGGAGAGACCAGUUGCGAUUAACAAAACGGCUACUUUCGUCAGUGAGGAAGCAUCGUUGUUGGAGGCAAUAUUGGAAGUGUGCAAUGCGGGCUUUUGGAAUCACCUUGGAAUGCUGAAAAUUAACUCAGCUUUUGAUAAUCUACAACGAUUUGUUGUCAAGUUACCCAAUUUAAAGUAUUCUUCAUCAACUGUGAGAAAAAUCUAUCGGGAGGAGUUUGAAGUUAGAGAUUAUGUCAGUGAACACUACCUAUUACAGGGUGAGAAGUAUUAUGGCUUAACAAAAAAGCGGAAGUCACACGUAGCUCGCCAAACCUUCGUUUUUGAUCACGGUGAAAAUGAGCGCAAGUCAAAGGAGGAUGCAAUUAAAUUCCGAUGCCGAGAGUUCACUUUUGAGAAUCGCACGCCGCAAAAGAGCACCAAAUUAGAGACGUCGAAAUCAAAGGUCAAGGUGUCAUCUAGGCGGAAGGAAAGGCAGUUGAUUGCCAUUCGCUCCAACGAUGCCAUCUUUCGGGACAUUCAAACGAUGCGU